AUGGGAAAUAUAACCGCACCAGGAUGUAUUAAGUGCUGCAAGAAAACACCGCCUGAUUCUAAAGAUGAUGAAGUUAAGGAAAAGGACAUUAACGAAGAAAAUCCAGAACGAGAACUGUGGAAUAGUAAGACCGAUUACCUGCUCUCAAUGGUUGGAUAUGCAGUGGGACUGGGAAACGUCUGGAGAUUUCCGUACCUUGCAUUCAAACAUGGUGGAGGUGCAUUUCUUAUCCCCUAUAUUAUUAUGCUGGCUCUGGCUGGCUUACCCCUUUGUUUUUUAGAAUGUUCACUGGGACAGUUUGCUAGCCUUGGCCCAGUUGCAUUAUGGAGGAUGGCACCUCUAUUUCAAGGUGUUGGUGUCACAAUGGUGUGUGUCUCGACAUUUGUUGCAAUAUAUUAUAAUGUUAUCAUUGCUUACAGUUUAUUUUAUUUAUUUGCCUCAUUCCGAAGUUAUCUACCAUGGUCUCAAUGCUUUCCGGAGUUUGCAGAUGUGUACUGUAUUAACAGCACGUCAGACAUAUGCAAUGUAACAAUGGGAGAUGGAUCAAUUGCAUUGCUGAAUAGAUCAGUGUUAAACGGGACCAAUCUCUCCUGCAUAGUUGAUGAAUCAAUGGAAUUACCAAGUAAACAAUAUUGGGAUAAAGUGGCUCUCUGGACAUCCAGCGGAUUAGAUGAGACAGGGAAGGUAGUGUGGCACCUGGCGCUCUGCCUGCUCCUGGCAUGGAUUUUAGUUGGGGCAUCAUUAGCUAAGGGAAUACAAUCAUCUGGAAAGGUGGUAUAUUUCACAGCACUAUUCCCAUACGUUGUCUUGUUCAUCCUUCUUAUCAGAGGAGCAACUCUAGAGGGAGCUAGAGAGGGAAUUGAAUACUACAUUGGACAAAAAUCUGAUAUCAAUAAACUUGCUUCUGGAGAUGUCUGGAGAGAUGCGGCCACCCAGAUAUUCUAUUCUCUAUCCACGGCUUGGGGAGGGCUGAUUGCACUGUCUUCUUACAACAAGUUCAAUAAUAACACCUACAUGGAUUCCAUUGUGGUCUGCGUUAUAAACUGUAUAACCAGUAUAAUUGCAGGGUUUGCCAUCUUUUCGAUCAUUGGACACAUGGCCUUUAUCUCGGGAAAACCUGUUGCAAAUGUAAUAGAUGAAGGUUUUGCUCUGGCAUUUAUUGCAUAUCCUGAAGCAUUGUCAAAGCUACCAGUAGCUCCCCUGUGGUCUAUUCUAUUCUUCUUUAUGCUGUUUACUUUGGGAUUAGACUCUCAGUUUGCUACCAUAGAAACAGUCACAACGGCAAUACAAGACGCUUUCCCAAAAGCAAUGCGAAAAAUGAGGAUUCCUAUCACCAUAGCAGUGUGUGCUGUGUUAUUUCUCCUUGGGCUGCCAUGUGUGACUCAGUCAGGAAUGUACUGGGUGGUCCUGAUUGAUACAUUUUGCGGCGGCUGGACCGUUCUGUUUGUGGCUGUGCUAGAGCUCAUUGGAAUGAUCUAUAUUUAUGGUGGCAACAGGAUAAUCGAGGAUAUAGAGAUGAUGUUGGGAAAGAAACACUGGAUAUUCUGGAUUUGGUGGAGAGCUUGCUGGUAUUUUGUAUCACCCGUGCUAAUAUUGGUCAUAUUAGCUUGGUCUUUGGCAACAUUUGUACCUCCUUCAUAUGGAAAAGCUGUUUAUCCUAAAUGGGGGAUAGUACUAGGAAGCCUCAUGUGUGCUUUCUGUCUAGUAUGGAUCCCUUUAAUUGCUGUGUGGAAAAUCAUAAAAACUCCAGGAACACUUUGGCAGCGCAUUGUGAAAUGCUGUAAGCCAGCUGACAAUUGGGGACCUGCUCUCGCGAAAAAUCGUACUGGGCGAUACGAACACAUGAACAAAGAGGCAGAUGUGGAGAUACCAGAUAUUAAGGGUGUUGAUAAUGACACAUUUCAAAGUGAAUGAGAGCAUUGUACUUUUUGUACUCACACUGCUAGGCUUUAUGUAAAUAAAUCAUA